CGCAUCGGCCGCUUAUCGUGCGCCUCAUACAUCAAGAAACUACUUGUUUACAUUUUAAGUAAACUAAGAAAAACUAAAGUUAAGUAUCUACGGGUAACAAAAAAUGGUGCCUGGAAUGCAACUACUAGUUUUGUUACUUUCUUUAUUAGUUAUGUUGGUGGGUGCUCGGCUUCGCGUAAGAUCAUUGAGAUUCAAACUUUCUUCCAGAAAUAAUGAUAGACCAACUCCUUGUACAUUUAAUAACAGAGCGGGUUUUUGUGUGCACGAGUCAGCUUGCGAUGAAGAGCAUAGGAUAUGGGAAGGUGGUGUGGUAGACGAUCUAAACUUUAGUUUUGGCCAAAGCCAAAUGUUUCCAGCAAGUGCCGAUAUUGAACGAGCUGUUACGAAUGCGCAAGAGCACAAUGGAAGACGUGACGCCAGGGGGCGGAGGUCACUCCGCGUCGAGGCGCCAUCCAACCACCAGCGUCAUAGUAGAAGCGCGAAACAAUGCAAACAAUAUUAUUGGUGCUGCAUUACAGCAACAACACCAGAUAGACAGUUAACAGAAAAACAGACGACAGACAGACAGACAACAGAUGAACAAACAACUGACAGGCAGACAACAACCCACUAAUCUGAACAACAAGCACGCGGACAACAGACUGACAUACCUACAUCUGACAAACAGACAAUAGACAGAAUGACAACAGACAGGUGAGAAUCAAACAACAAGCUACAUCGGCUGGCAGACUGACAACAGAUGAAUCGACAACCAACAGGCAGACAACACCCAUACGGUCAACAGAUACACCCACAGAACCGACGAUAGACAGACUGACAACCGACACAAAGACAACAGACAGGUGGGACAGUAAUCAGGCAACAUCAACAGGCAGACCGAUAACAGAGAAGCCUGAUCCUCCGAUUGAUGUCGCAAAUGAUAUCAUGGAUGGCGUCUCUACCAUAUUUGGUGUGUGUGCCAGCAACGUACCUGAUCGCAGCAAUGGGAGACAAGUUUGGGAGGAAAUUCGCCUUACUGUUCAUGUCGACAGUUAGUGCUUUGAUCUGGAUACUGAAGCUUUCAUCUAUGAGCAUUUGGGCGUUCAUUGCUGCGCGUGUCUUGGUCGGCGUGGUGAUGGCGGGAAGCUGCGUUACCUGUCCCACUUACAUCAAAAAGAUCAGCGAAGACGAUAUUAGAGGUGCUUUGGGAUGCUGGGGAGCACUGUUUUUCACCACCGGAAGUCUAUUCGCUUAUAUAAUUGGAGAUAUUUUGAGUUACCACGGCAUUCUGCUGGUAUUUGCGGCUGUGCCAGUUAUAAAUUUCUUGGUGUUUCUCUUGAUGCCUGAAUCGCCAUCGUACCUUAUUAAGCAUGGUAAAGACGAGGAGGCAGCAAAAGCAUUAAUCUGGCUUCGUUGUAGAAUGCAAUAUGAUCUGACGGUACAGCAAGAAAUAGAUUUCAUUAAAGAAGAACAAAGAAAUGAUGAGUCGAAAGGGAAGUUCUUGACGAAAUCUAUAUUAACGGACAAGACCCUCUUUCGAGCAUUAGCGCUUAUAGCAGCUUUAGCACGAGAAUUAUGCGGUGCUGUGCCAGUGUUGAACUUCGCUGCGGACAUAUUCCGCCUGGCGUCAGACGUAACCGGGUUGGUGCUGCGACCAAACCAGCAGGCGAUGGUACUGGGUGCAGUGCAAUUGUGCGGAGCCGCCAUGGCUUCGGGAAUUGUAGAGAGGUCGGGUAGACGGCCACUUUUAAUCAUCACGUGUUUAGUAUCUGGCCUCAGCAUGUCUGUGCUGGCGACUUGGUUCGUACUCAACGAGUUCAACAUCAGUCCUCCCGGGUGGAUACCAGUGGUCACACUGUGCAUUUGUAUUUUCUGUGAUGCUUCAGGAUUGAUGCCAAUUGCCGUGGUCAUAGCAGGCGAAACAUUUUCCUAUAAGUACCGGGGCACAGUAUUGGCGACCACAAUGGCAAUUUCCUCGUUCUCGGAUUUCUUUCAACUACUAUUUUUCAAGUCGUUAACUAAAACGAUAGGAGUGUACGUGGCCUUCUACUUCUUUGGAGCGAUGUGUCUGGCUACAGCUUUAUAUGUAUUUCUGGUGGUGCCGGAGACGAAAAACAGAAAACUUGAAGAAAUUUACAAUGACCUUUGGACUAAGAAGGAGAAGAAAGCAAUGCAAAAUCGCAUGAAUGGUGCUUGACGUACCUACAUUAAAUUAAGAUUUUAAGUACUCUUCUUAAUAAAAAACACUGUGUCUUAAUUUUGAAAAAUAGCUUUAAGUUUUGCCAUUAUAAGAUAAACUGGGGGAUGCCUGCGACUU